AUGAAGCAGCGGCCUAGUCCUGAACCUACUGAAGUAAGUGUUCGAGCGCCCAAGAAACCUAAAGCACAGAAGAAGAAAAAAAAGAGGGAUCCCAAUGAACCACAAAAGCCUGUGUCUGCGUAUGCACUUUUCUUCAGAGACACACAAGCUGCCAUCAAGGGACAAAAUCCGAAUGCCAGCUUUGGAGAGGUGUCUAAAAUUGUAGCUGCUAUGUGGGACAGCCUAGAUGCCGAUGCUAAACAGUCUUACAAAGCAAAGACGGAGAAUGCCAAGAAGGAAUAUUUGAAGCAGCUAGCAGCUUACAGAGCGACUCUUGUUUCAAAGGCUGCUGUGGACCAGUCGGAACCCAUGUAUGGCGGCAAUGUCCCAAAUGCGAGCCCUCCAUCUUCCCAUUCACCUCCGGGAGUUGGUUCUCCUCACGGGCAAAUGAUGCAGAAGCCGGUUCUGACAUCAGUUGUUGAUUCCAUGCAACCAGUUACUAAUUCAAUGAAUAUGCAUCCUCAGAACCAACAGGGAUGGCAUAUGCAGUCACCUCACCAUAUGAACAACAACAGUCCACCCCACGUUGUACAGGGAGGCAACAAUCCCAUGAUGGGUCUCCACCAAUCUCAACCUUCUCAGAUGUCUCCUCAACAUCAUCAGCAAAUGCAAACUCUCAACAACAAUAAUAUUCAUGUGAACUCUCCUCAAAUGUGCAACUCUGCUUCCAACAGUCCUUCUUACAACCAGAAUAUGUCAUCACUUUCUCCUACAAAUGGAGGCAACCAUACUAAUUUAGGAGGUAGUGGUGAAAUGUUGCCGACCUGUCUACGGAAUGGUUGCUCGAAUCCAGCAAUUGACUCUGCUGACUGGGAUCGAGAAUACUGCAGCAGUGAAUGUGUGGUUUCCCACUGCAAGGAUGUUUUUGCAAACUGGGUUGCGCAGAGACAAAUUACCUCAAAUCCGUACUCUACAGUGAAAUAAUUUUUUGUGCUUCAGUGUGUACAGGAUGCAGUUUCUCCACUCAGUAUUACCAACAUGUACUCUCUAUUGUAUUAUACAAGGCUUGAAUGUAUAUAAUAUGUAUAAUAUAGGAGGAUUAGUCCUUAUACAAUGUAUGAUACUACAAAAAAAGAACAUAAAAACUGAAUUUUAAAAGCCAGGUUUUUUCGGAGGAUGUUAAAAUCACUGUGUACCUUUCAUCUCGAUCGACUCAGAAACUUUUGCGAUUUGAAGACUCACAAAGAGUGUACUUUUACUCACAAUAAUUUAAAAUAAUGGUUUUAAAUUCAUUGAUGCGUGAAACUUGGAAGCAUACGAACUGAUAUUUUGGAAUGCAUCUGUUUUUGAAAGUGUUUUAUUCUAGAGGAAAUUCAGAAAUGCUCAUCUAACCUUUUAAAGAAAAAUGAGUCUAUUGUGUUCUGAAAUCCUUGGUGGAAAUGAAGAGUAUGAAUAUCUUUGGAGCAAACACCGAGAGAAUUUGAGGAAAUAAUAUCUUUAGAAGCACAAAGUUCCUUCAAAAUAGAAAAGAUUUAAAAUGAUUCGAUUAAAAACUUGAAAGGAGGUUCAUGAAUAGCAUGUUGUUACGUUUGGAAGUAAAAUCAUUGUCAUGAAGAUAAUGCUUUUUCCCCAAAUAUGAUUAAGGUGCACUGUGGCUUUAACCUCAGUGUUUUGAACUCAUUGUAAUGCAAAAAAAAAGCAAAGAGCUUAACGAAAAAUGAAGUACUGAUAGACUGUUGUUUUUCCUUCAUCAGCAACUGUUCCAAGUUUACUUUGCUAAGAAAAGAAAAGGUAGUGCAUCUGCAUAGGACAAUCUGGUAAAACUGUGCGAGUAACAGAAUUGUUUGAAACUUUUCUUUCUUUCACAGCAGAAUGCUGUACUUUAGCUAGAAUGUGAAUCAACGUACUUGUGUCCUUUUUCCCCCAUUAUGUGAUUGAAGCAUUCGAAAAUGAUUCAACCAUCCUUUCUAUUGAUCCUGAUCAAUGAAAACUCCUUGAAAGUUAGAAAAUCUCUAUUCAGUUAUAUUUUCAUACGUCUAAUGUGUUUAAGUAAUCUAAGAUUUAUGUUCACAAAAUUGUAUAGAAUGUUUUAAAUAUACACUUGUAGAGUACAGGGGGAAAACCUGCCAGUACAAAGGAAAAAAAAGGCUUUGAGAAAGAUGCAUUUGAGUGUUUUCUGUUUCAUGGAGAUCCCGAGUACCGCCUAUUUUCAAACAAAUAUUUCAGUUGACUUAUGGGUUUUUGUACAAAAGAUGAUCAGCUAUUCGAAAAGAAUACUCCAGCAACCACUAGAUUUCGUUAUUAUUUGUUCCCUUGAAAAAACAGGGCUGCAGUCAGGCUGAUUUUGGGGUAAAGGAGUCGGGAAUCAAAUCUUUAAAAUUCCAAGAGUCGGGAAUCCGUCAUUUUCUCUCCCAAGUCCUCGACUCUGCCAGUGCUUGUAGAGUCAGAGUCAGGCUGAUUCUGGGGUAAAGGAGUCGGAGUCGAGGGUUCCAAAAUUGUGCGAGCCAGUGUUGGUCGGUUUCUCUCCGACUCAGCAGCCCUGAAAAAAACUGACAGGCCAGGGUUUUCCCCUUGUACUCGUCUUUUAUUUUUUUUAUCUGAUACUCAAGCUUCCCCCAAACUAGUAACUAAUGAAUUUUAUUCAUGGGCUUUUUGUGUUGGUAGUUAAAAUGUUUUUCUACAAUUUGACAGUGGUGAACAUUGAUGAAAAUUCUCAACAUGUUUAGGUUGAAGAUUUCCAAAUUUUAUGUUCUCCCCAAUCAUCAUUUGUAACAUUUUUUCUGUAAAGAAAAUACCAUUACAUUUUGUGUUGAAAGUAUAGUUCAUCAUCAAGAUUACUGUAAAUUACUUAACUCAGAAUUGCUCUCGCAUACCCAUCCUUUUUUUAAUAUUUUGCCAUAAUAUUAUUUUCUCUGUCUGUCAUUGUUAUUAUUGUUUAAUUUAAACCAUUGUUAUUUGUUAUUUUAUUUCAAACUGUUCAUAAUAAAAACUUAUAUCUUAAUUUGCUGUUGAUAUAAAUACACAUAUAAAAACAAAAAAGAUGCAAAGAGAGGGGUGCAGUGGAAACAGUUAAUAUCAUUGUGUCUAAUAAGAACGCAUUUCCUCAGAAAGUUUUUCCUUCUCCACAUCUUCUCUCGGUUAGAACAGCAACUUUUCAUAUAAGCAAUCCAGGCUUUAUUCCCUGGAGUGGGAAUGAUCCACUUGAGUGAAGCAGUAUUUCGUAUUUUUAUUCAGCAAAAUACACCAACAUUCCUGUUAAUCUUACUUGAUAGAUUUUAAACUAAAAUGAUUUUGCACAUAAUUAAAAACUUUUUUUAAGUUUGAAUUAUUUCAAACUAGUUCUCAGAAGUUUGAAAAUUUUGUUAAUAGGCUGGAGUUAAUUAUUUAUAGGUUAAAUAUAAAUUUGAAUUUGGAGUAAUAUAGAUGAUUUGUAAUUUAACUAGUAAUAGUUGUACAGUCAAACCUCCAUAUAUCAAACUUCCACAUAUUGAAAUUUUCUAUACAUCGAAAUCCCAGCAAAUUUCUAUGUUCAUCACAUAGAAAAAUUAUUUCUAUAUAUCGAAAAAAUCUUUAUAUAUCAAAAUUUUUUUCGAGACAUUCGUAGAUUUUGAUUCAACUUCAGGCUGUUUGUUUCAUGAAAAAUUAAAAUUAGGGGAGAAAAUUAUGUUCACUAAAGGUUGCUGCCAAACUCGGAAGGAAUCUGGGGUUGAGGGCUGUGUAAAUAGGUCAUUGUUCCGUUCUGGAAUUCUUAAAUUCCCUCAAGUUUAUUUCAAAUCAAAGUUGUAACCAAUAACACUGUAAAAUCAGUUUCAAGUUAUCUCUUUUAUCUGUUGAUUAUCAUUUCUAGUCUUUUUAUCUUCAGUAAAAACCAUUCAAGUUAAGUUGAUUGAUUUUUUACUUUUCUCUCGAUUACACUGUCAAAACGAAACAACCCUAAUGUUGCGAAUCAAGUUAAUUGACAAAGAAUGAAGAUGUAUGACAGCGCAAAAAUGUAAUUUUUGUUAAUUUUUUUAUUAUUAACUUUCAUUUAAUCCGAUGCUCGUAUAAAUGAGAAAAUUGGGUUUCAUAACACGAAAAUUAGGUUUAAUUUUAGUGUUUUAGGAGAUUUGUACAAUAAAAUAAGAUCGUUCUAUAUAUCGAAUUUUUUUCCGGCAAUUUGCUACGUCGAUAUAUGGAGGUUCGACUGUAGUAAAGUUUUAAAACACAUCCUUAUGCACAUUGUUGUAUGAAUUUGAUUUUUGCAAUUUAGUUGAAGAUUUAUCAAUCCAGGUUUGACUGCAUUAAUUUCAGUAAAUUUUUGUGUCAAACUUGCCAGUUUAAUCUGCUACUUAAGUGUUGCCUGCACACCAUAAUAAAUACAGUAGUAGUAGCAGCAUGCCCCCCCCCCCUUCCUUCUCCAAGAGCGAUGGCGAUAACCCUCAAAUGUUAAAAAAUACCCCUUAAAACAAACCCCUAAAUGUUUCAAUGGUGUAGUCUGUGCCAUCAUCAAUCUUCCCCCCCCCCCCCCCUCUUCCUGUGGGGUACCCUGCUGCAAGCUUCAGUAAACAACAAUUUUGGAGCACAAAAACUUUUCAAUGAAAGCUCACAUACAGUUUGAACUUAACUUGUGUUUUUCUCAAAAAUUUACUAAAUCCACUUGCAUCCCUUUUCUUCUCACUGCCUCAUAUCUCACCCCGGGAACAAAAGUGACAUAACUCAAAUUUUGUUAAAACGUACUAACUAUAGGUUUGAAAUUUAAAUUAAAGCUCUUUCUUGCAACAAAAUUUACACAAAGUUAGCUUACAUAUUUGGUGCAUGGUGGCGUAAAAAUGAUGUAAUGAAUAGUGACACAUCGCAAAAAUUUCAUAAUUUAGAAGAAAUAUUUUCAAACGUUUAAGUAUUAUCUUUUUAGAUAACAAAAACUAACCAUUAACUAUCACAUCAUAACUUUUUGAGCGUAUUGUAAUAUUUGAGACGAAAUUACUCGAAACUACUAUUACAUAAAUCCUUGAUUUCCUCCAAAGCUGUUUUAUUGAGUUGUGUCACUUUCCUUGCGGGUAUUUGAUAUGUCCACCCUGCUCUCUGUCAGGAAAAAAAUCAUAUAACUCAACACUGAUGCUUUUUUGUUUAUUAAUAUUAAACCUUAGUAGAUCAGAGUGAAAUAUAAAAAAUCACGUUUAAUUCCAACAUCAGUUCAAGUUUACUUUUAAAAAUUAAGUAGUUGUUUUUUCUUAUAACAAAUGUCAGAUAUCAAAUUUAAUUCUUUUUCAAAAUAAUGAUUUCACUUUUUUAUCCCCCUUUCAUCAUUCAAUAUAAAUAUUAUUUUUGUACUGAAAAAAUUUAAAGGUAUUUCUAAGUUGAUUAAAAAUUCUGCUUUUUUGGUUUUUCUUUUUGGAAAAAGUCCUCUUACAAGUUCCUAUAAACAAAAUGUGUAAAACUUUCAUGUACUGUUAAACAUUUUGAAAACUUGAAACAGCUCGCAAAAAGGGUAAAAAUUAUUUCUAUUCAUAACUUAUUUGAAAAAGUAUAAAUUUAUUUGACAUUCGGGGCAUGUUUUAAAAAGGGCAACUAGGUAGAGGCUUAGGAGCCCCAUAAUGGUUAAAAUUGUUUUGCCAAUGACUAAAAUUAAAAGACUUGACUACAUAAAGCUCCAAAAAGUGUUUGGCUUAGGGCCUUCCGAUACCUUAAUCGCACCCUUGUUCAUAUUGCCAAUUUACCAAGUUACUUGUAUGUUAAAUGUUUUGUGCAGAACAUGUUCAAAAAGCACAGUUUUUAAAUUGAAAUUGGCUAAACUUUUUUAUCCAUACUAAGUUUUUCAUUACUCAAUUGCCUUUGUUCGAAUCAGAAUUAUCUGACGUCCAGUCAGUAGCCUGUUGUCGGUAAAAGUGUUGCCAACAUUAGAUCUCAAAAUUAUCUUUUCCUCAUCUGCCUAUGAAAAUGAUUUUUCUCCCAUUAUUUAAAUUAUGUGUUUGUCACCUGCAAUGAUCCCUAUGAAAUAUUCUGUACUAUAUGGUUUGACCACUUUAUUUUGGCCAUUGUUAUCCAAUUCAUACUUGUAGAACUCAUUGUACAAAACCAGGGAUUUAAAAAUCAUUGUUGCGCUGCUCUCAUCUGUGUAUUUUUUGUGUGAAAUAGUUGCUUCUGUAUCACUAUUCUCAUUGAAGACAUUAAAAAAGCUU